GUUUAUGUAUGCCGUAAAAGAGCCUACACAAGUAACAUUCCUUGCAGCAGAAGUUGGAAAUUUCGAGUUUCUAUCUGUGGUGAUGAGCACUUAUCCUGAUUUGAUUUGGGAAUUAAACACCUUAGGUCAAAGUAUAAUUCAUGUUGCUGCUUUGCACCGUCAUUCUAGCAUCUUCAAUUUGAUACACGAAAUAGGACCAACCAAAGAUUUCGUAUUAACAUAUAUGGAUGAUGAAGGCAACACUUUACUCCACUGUGUUGCAAAAUUAGCACCACAAGAACGACUUAAUAUAUUUUCUGGAGCAGCUCUUCAAAUGAUGCUUGAGUUGUCAUGGUUUGAGGAGGUAAAAAAGAUAAUGCUACCAUCAUUUAUAGAGCUGGCAAACCAUGAAGGCAUUACUCCACGAGAACUAUUCAUCAAGGAUCACCAAGAGUUGCUAAAAAAGGGAGAGUCAUGGAUGAAAAGAACAGCAAACUCUUGCAUGGUUGUUGCAACCCUAAUUGCAACAGGAGUGCUUUCUGCUGCCUUCAGCCUCGGUGCUAACAACGACAACUUAGCAUUUCCCAAUUAUUUGACGAUGAAACCCUGGUUCAUGGUAUUUGCAUUAUCAGAUGCAUUGGCAUUGGUCUCUUCCUCAACCUCAAUCCUAAUCUUCUUGUCCAUCCUCAUUUCACGAUAUGCUGAGGAAGACUUUCUCAAGUCAUUGCCAUUGAAGUUGAUAUUUGGACUAGUGGCAUUGUUUAUCUCAAUUAUCAGCAUGAUGGUGUCAUUUAGUAGUGCUUUCUACAAGAAGGACCCUCCAGUUCUGAAACUUACAAAACGCAUGUGGGAGAUAUUUCUUACCUUGGAUGAUUCAGAGUUUAUGUAUGCCGUAAAAGAGCCUACACAAGUAACAUUCCUUGCAGCAGAAGUUGGAAAUUUCGAGUUUCUAUCUGUGGUGAUGAGCACUUAUCCUGAUUUGAUUUGGGAAUUAAACACCUUAGGUCAAAAGCGGGGUCGAUCCCGCUCUGCAGUCCGCCGCUGUUCGUCGCCGUCCACCGCUGUCCGCCGCCGUUCGCCGCUGUCUGUUACUCUGGUGAACCUAGGGUUUGGUGCGCCUUGUCAAGCGCGACCUAACCCCAUCAACUCCGGCGUUGUCAGAGUCUCCACGCGCUCUGACGCGUCGUUUCUCUCUCCAGUUCUGUCAAGCACGUACUAUUCACGCGUUGCUCUCUGUUCGUCGGAACCUCCUCAUUUUGCCACCGCCUUGUUCGUCGGAGCCUCCUGA